UCUUUUGCUGGGCUACGCGUGCGGUCGAACAUACAAGUCGCGAAGUGCAAUUAUAUGCCCGAUUAGAGUGUUUGUAACAGUGUAUAUGCGUGUAUCUACAGCGGUAUCUGUGUAAAGCGUGUGCGUGUCUGUGUGUGUCUCUAUAUAGACAUAAACAUAUCGUGUGUCCAAAUUGAGCAUAUGUUAACUGAAAGUAAAAAUUCACCUGAGAUACAUUUGCAUCUGUCAGAUACUUGCGUAAACUGCAGUGCCUUAAAUUAAACUGGAAAAACCCGCAGCAAACCAAGUGCAACAAAUGAAAACAAAAAUAAAUAAACACCAACAAAUUAAAACACUUGAAAAAAAGAAGGUGUAGUCCAAUUGUGGAGGGAUAAAACUGUGAUAAGCAAAACGAGCAGAGCAUAGUAAUUAAAUGCGCAGAUAAUAUACAAUUUUCAUAAAAAUAAAGCUCGCAGUGAAAUUAAAAAGGAAGCGUCGCCAAAUACAGCAGCAGCAACAGUUGCAACAGUUACACUAAAAGUAAUUAGCGACGGCAACAGAGAGACAGAGAGGGAGAGAGAGAGAGAGAGAGCAAUAAUAAUAAAGUGGGAAAUAAAAUAAAUGAUGUUGCAAUCUUUGAAAGUGCGCGUGGAUAAACUAAGCGGCAUUCCACCAGCAACAACCACAGAGGCAACUGUUGAAGUAACAGCAGCAACAACAGCAACAGCAAUAAGCACAUACACAGCAGCAAUAACAACAGAUACAACAGCAGCAACAACAAUGUUAACAACAGCACCUGUUGCCCAUGUCGCUAAUGGUAUGGCCAAUGGCAGCAUUCUCUAUAACGGCAUCAGCAGCAACACUAACAAUUUAAAUAGCAAUAACAAUAACAACUUGCUGCUGCAACAACAACAACAGCAGCAGCAGCUACAACAACAACAACAACAGCCGGGAAAGUAUUUAGAAAAUCUAACGACAGCAACGGGCGCCAUUGCAACGGCAACAACUUUUACAGGUGCUGCGAAAAGUUUUCAUCCAUAUUUGCGGCGCAGCAGCAACAUACCAAUACCACCAACAGCAGCAGCAGCGGCAGUUGCAACACCAGCAGCAGCAGCAGCAACGACAAUGACCAAAACUGCUGGCAUGUCGACAACAUUGCUUGAAACACUUUUGCACAACCAAAUAAAUUCCAAUGCAACUACAGUCGCUGCCGUUGUUGCCGCCAUACCAGCACCACCAGCAUCAGCAGCAGCAGCAGCAACAACAGCUGAAGCAGCAACAACAACGGCAACAGAUGUGGCAGCAACCACAGCAGCUGCUGCGACGUCGACGCUGUUAAAUUCCAGCAUUAAUUCCAGAACUUCAUUAGCCGACCAAAAUGCCCAAAGCGGCGCCCCAAUUUGCGAUUCAAAUGGCGCCGAGGAGUCGCAACAACAGCAGCUGGAAUUGGAGGCCAUCAAAUGUGAUUCGGAUUCCAUUGGGAAUGUGAGUUCGAAUGCAAUGGAUAUACCUCAAGUGGAUGCGGAACUGGCCAAGGAUCAGCCGGAUGCGGACAACAUUAAAAUGUUUGUGGGCCAAAUACCCAAGACAUGGGAUGAGAUCAAAUUGCGAUGCCUGUUCGAGCAGUUUGGACGCGUUCACACGCUGAAUGUGCUCCGAGAUAAGGUCACAUCGAUUAGUCGAGGGUGCUGUUUUGUCACCUACUAUACCCGCAAGGCGGCUCUUCGUGCACAGGAUGCCCUGCACAACAUUAAAACGCUGGACGGGAUGCAUCAUCCCAUUCAAAUGAAGCCGGCGGAUAGUGAGAACAGAAAUGAGCGCAAACUUUUCGUUGGCAUGCUGAAUAAAAAGUACACAGAAGCCGAUGUGAGGCAACUGUUUGCGGGCCACGGCACCAUCGAGGAGUGCACCGUGCUCCGGGAUCAGGUGGGGCAGAGCAAAGGCUGCGCCUUCGUUACAUUCGCAACCAAACAGAAUGCCAUUGGGGCGAUCAAGUCGCUGCACCAGAGCCAAACAAUGGAGGGCUGUUCGGCGCCGCUGGUCGUCAAAUUUGCGGACACGCAAAAGGAGAAGGACCAGAAGAAGAUGCAGCAGCUGCAGGCGAUAUGUGGCAUCGGUGCACUGACCCAAACGCCCAGUGGCGCUGCUGCUGCAACAGCGACGCCCACAGCGAAUGCGGCAACAGCCCUGAUUGCUGCCACACCAACAGUGCAACGCACGAAUCCAUCGAUGGCAGCAGCCUUAGCUGGUGUGCCGCCGGUGCAAGGGGGAGCUGCAGCUGCUGGACAAACAGCAACACUGGUAACGGUGCCCACAUCGGCGGCAGCAUUGAGCGCCUCGUUGGCGCCCACGCUGCUGGGCAGCUCGCAUCCGCAUUCGCAUUCGCAUCCUCAUUCGCAUCCGCAUCACGGACAGACGCCGGGCAACGCAGCAGCAGCGGCAGCAGCAGCAGCCGCCGCCUAUCUCAAUGGGGAUCCCACGGGCGGUUUGGGCGCCGCCUCAGCGGCCCAUCUGCAACUGUAUCAGCAUAUGCAGGCCUACGGCUUGCAUCCGGCUCACUAUCUGCCAGGACUAAAUUUCCACCCAUCGGAUAAUAGUGCCCACCACGGCGAACACGGUCCAUCUUCAUCAACAUCAGCAGCAGCAGCAGCAUCAUCCGGCGCAGCAACUCUAUCGGCUGCAACCGCCGCUGCGGCAGCAGCAGCAGCAGCCGCUGCAAGCAUCGCCGGUACACCAACAGCAGCAUCAGCAGCAGCAGCACCUGCAUCAACAACGUCAUCUCUCCCACUUGGCCUCGCACCAGCAUCCGGCAUCAGCGGCGGCAGCGGCAGCAGCAGCAGCGGGCUCCUUGCCGCCGGGCAUGUUGCUGGCACUGGACUGCUCACCAGUGCAUCCAUGUCUAUGCAGGAUUUGGUAACACUACUAAACACAUCCCAGCACAACAAGAACAACAGCAACAUCAGCAGCAGCAGCAACAUCAGCAGUCUCAGUCACAAUCAUCGUCUCAGCAACAGCAACAACAACAUCCUCAGCAACAACAGCAACCAACAACAUAGCCAACAACGUCAGCUAGUCGCCAGCUUUGUGCCCCAACAACAACAACAACACCACCAGCAACAGCAACAACAACCACAGCUGAUUUCGCAUGCACAUUUGGCUCAGCUAAUGGGCGUGGCCCCGCCUCUGCCGUCAGCGAGUGCGAGUCAAGCGCUAACGCUCAGCGCGCUUUGGCCCACCAGCGCCGCAGAUCCUUAUGGAGCAACCACACUGAGUGGCUUAACAAAUGGCGCCAAUGCAGCCGCAGCCGCCUUCGGAGCCGCCCAAUCCUUGAAUGCCAGCGCCUUGCAGGCGGCAGCAGCGGGCGUGGCAGGCAAACAGAUCGAGGGUCCGGAUGGCAGCAAUCUGUUUAUCUAUCAUCUACCUCAGGAAUUCACAGAUACCGAUCUCGCCUCGACAUUUCUGCCCUUUGGCAAUGUGCUAUCGGCCAAGGUGUUUAUCGAUAAGCAGACGAACCUAUCGAAAUGCUUUGGCUUCGUCUCCUACGAUAAUCCCCACUCCGCCAAUGCGGCCAUCCAAGCGAUGCAUGGAUUUCAGAUCGGCACCAAGCGUCUCAAGGUCCAAUUGAAGCGGCCCCGUGAUUCGGGCAAACCCUACUGAAUGUGGGCUGGGGAAGGGGUAGAGGGGGGCGUGGCUUAAACACCAAAACAGACACACAAAUAGAGAAAAAUAGUCGUAGUUCCACAUUGUGCCUUUUUUAGAGAAAGAGUUUUGAAACCAAAGGACCAAUUAUAAAAUCUACUUAAUGUUAAGCACACACCAAAAAAAAAAAAAAGAAAAAAAAAACACCAACAUAAAAAUCACAAAUCAUUGUUUUCUUCUUCUUCACACACACAAAACCAACCAAAGAAGUAGCUUAAAAGUUGCAUCCUUGUUGUAAUCACUUUUGCUGAACACAAUUUCUAGUGCGUUAAAUCCAUUAUUAAAAAAAUACAAAAAUUACAAAUAAUUAAUAUUGAAAACCAAACAUAAAACUAAAGCUGCGUUGUGGCGCCAAAGUAUUUUCAAAGCCAAAUAGUUAAGCAAACACAAAAAAAAAAAAAGCAAAAGCGAAAAAACCGGGAAAUCAAUGAAAGUUGUUAUCAAUAGAAAAAGUCAAAUUACACAUUUGGAAAAAAAGAAAGAAAUCAUAUUAAAUUAAUUUGUAGCUUUUAGUGAUUUAAAAAAAGUCAAAAUCAAAUGAAAAAUAAAUUUGUAGACCUGAAUUAUAUGUAUAUUUAUAAUAUAUAUUUUCUUUAUCAGGCAUUCUUUAGUUAUAUGGCACAAAACAUUCGAAACUCCGUUCAAAAGUUAGUAAAGUCUGCUCUAUAAAAAUAUCUAACAAACUGAGUUCUGACAAAUCUAAAAAUUUAGCCUUAAUAAUUUCACAAACACACAAACACAAAACAUGUGUCAGUCGUACUUUUAGAUUUUAGUCUAUUGUUUCUUAAAAUAAAACCCUACUAAACAUAGUGCAUAAUAAUACUAUGUUAAUAGUUAUAAACUAUA